AUGGUUAAGGAACAAUACAGGGACACUGAUGGGUCGCGUAUCAUAUCGAAGAUCAGCUUUACAGUCGACAAUCCUCAAGAUAUCCAAAGGAAAUCGCAUUUGUGCAUAAACACUAGAAAUUUAUAUGCCAUAAACAAUAAUAGUGCGACACGUACUCCACAUCCAUAUGGAGUGCUUGAUCAUAAAUUAGGAGUCAACCAAAAGGAUGCAAUAUGUACAACUUGCAACAAAGGAUUGAAUGAUUGUCCAGGACAUUUAGGCUUCAUAGAUCUACAAUUGCCAGUUUUUCAUGUUGGAUUUUUCAGUUCAGUUAUAACAAUAUUACAAACAAUUUGUAAAAAUCCUUUCUGUGCUAAAGUGUUAUUAAAUGAAGAAGAUCGUAUGUUUUUUUAUACAAAACUGAGAAACAAGAAUUUAACAUACACAAUGCGUAAAAAAGUGUUCAAAGAAGUCCACGCCAAAGCAAAAAAGGUUCAGAUAUGUCCGUUUUGUAGUGACAUUGUAGGACAAGUGAAAAAAAAUGGUAUAUUAAAAAUAUCAUAUGAUCGUUACAGAUAUAAAAAACCUGGCACAGAAGCUGAAAGUAAAUUAUGCGCUUUAAAUGAUGUGGUAAAAUAUAACAAAGAAGUCGAAUCCAUGAGAAAUUAUCUAUUUAAUGAGAACCUCAAUCCUCAAGAAGUACUGCGUCUAUUGUUAUCCAUACCUUAUGAAGACAUUAUUUUGUUGGGUAUGAAUCCUGAGGUAUCAAAUCCUGGAUGGUUGUUAAUGACAAGAAUGUUAGUACCUCCAAAUUGUAUUCGUCCAUCUGCAGUGUCUGAUAUACGUUCCGGAACAAAUGAAGAUGACUUAACAUUAAAAUUAUCUGAAGUUUUAUUUAUAAAUGAUGUCAUUGUAAAACAUAAAUUGUCCGGAGCAAAACCCCAGUUAUUGCAUGAGGAUUGGGAAUACUUGCAAUUACAUUGUGCCUUAUAUAUUAAUAGUGAUUUAUCUGGUGUCUCACGUACAAUGAUGCCAAAAAAAAUUGCUAGGGGUUGUGUUCAGCGCUUAAAAGGAAAACAUGGACGGUUUCGUGGUAAUUUAUCUGGUAAAAGAGUAGACUUUACAGCACGGUCUGUCAUUUCACCAGAUCCAAAUCUUCGAAUAGAAGAAGUUGGUGUUCCAGUUAGAAUGGCCAAAAUUUUAACAUAUCCUCAAAAAGUAUGUCCAGCCAACAUUGAAUUAAUGCGUAAGUUAGUGAUGAAUGGACCAGAAAUUCAUCCAGGUGCUAAUUUUGUUGAACUUCAAGGUUCUAAAUUAAAAAAAUACUUGAGAUUUGGAAAUAGACCAGCUAUAGCAAAAGAUUUAAAAAUUGGAGAUAUUGUUGAAAGACAUUUAUCUGAUGGGGAUAUUGUAUUAUUCAACCGACAGCCUAGUCUUCAUAGAUUAAGUAUAAUGUGUCAUCGUGCAAAAGUCUUAGAACAUAAUACAUUAAGAUUUAACGAAUGUGUAUGUACUCCUUAUAAUGCCGAUUUUGAUGGUGACGAAAUGAAUUUACAUUUGCCCCAAACUGAAGAAGCAAGAGCUGAAGCUGCUUUGUUAAUGAUUAACAAAUCAAAUCUUGUCACUCCGAGAAAUGGAGACAUUCUCAUUGCUGCAACCCAAGACUUUAUUACAGGAGCAUAUUUAUUAACCCAUAAGAAUACAUUUCUUAACCAGAGAGAUUCUAGUAGACUAAUUGGUUGGUUAAUGUCUGGAGAUGAUAUAAAUAUUGAUUUAACAUUACCACGUCCUGCUAUUCUAAAGCCUCACAAACUUUGGACUGGAAAACAAAUAUUAAGUAUAAUUAUGAGACCAAGUAAAAAAUGUCCUGUAAAAGCAAAUUUGCGUUGUAAAGGGAAAUCGUAUACUCGUGAUGAAGAACUUUGUUUUAAAGAUUCAUAUGUUUACAUAAGGAACUCUGAGUUAUUGGCUGGUACUAUGGACAAGGCAACAUUAGGUUCAGGUAGUAAAUCAAACAUAUUUUAUGUGUUGCUGGCUGAUUGGGGAUCUGAUGUCUGUUGCAAAGUAAUGUGGCGUUUAACACGUCUUACUUCAUACUUUUUAAUGCUACGAGGAUUUUCAAUUGGAAUUGGUGAUGUUACACCUAGUAAUGAUUUGCUUCAAUCUAAAAAUGAAUUGGUUAUAAAUGGAAAUGCAUUGUGCGAGGAAAAUAUCCGUUUGAGAAACGCAAAAGAAUUAAAAUGUCAACCUGGUUGUAAUAUGGAUGAAACUUUAGAAGCAAAUAUUUUAAAGCAACUGUCUGGUAUUCGGGAUUCUGUUGGUAAAGCUUGUUUAUCAGAACUUCAUUCAACCAAUGGCCCAUUGAUCAUGGCACUGUCAGGUUCUAAAGGAUCCAAUAUUAAUAUAUCUCAGAUGAUUGCAUGUGUGGGCCAACAAGCCUUGAGUGGACAUCGUGUUCCAGAUGGAUUUGAGUCUAGAUCAUUACCACAUUUUAAACGAUUUUCAAAAACUCCAGAAGCAAAAGGUUUUGUUGAGAAUAGUUUUUAUUCAGGUUUAACACCAACAGAGUUCUUCUUUCACACAAUGGGUGGUCGUGAAGGUCUUGUUGACACUGCUGUAAAAACAGCUGAAACUGGAUACAUGCAACGGCGUCUUGUCAAAUCUUUAGAAGAUUUAUGUGUUCAUUAUGACAACACUGUACGGAAUGCUUUUGGAGAUGUUAUACAAUUUGAAUUUGGAGGUGACAGCUUAGAUCCUACAUACACAGAAGGUGAUGGUGUCCCAGUUGAUUUCAAGCGUGUAUAUUUCAAUGUAACUGCUAAUUACCCAUGCCGUGAUGAAUGUACAUUAGAUUCUGAAGAAAUAUUGAAAAUUACUGAAGAUGUGUUAUUAUCUGAAGAUUUUCAAAAUGUGAAUUCUAUGUUUAUAGAAGAGUUGAGAAAUUUUGGAAAAAAUUUAUCAAUCAAUAUGGCAGAAGUAAGAAAAAAAUGGUUAAACUUAGAGGUUUCAAAAUUGCAACGAAUUACUUCUACACAGCUUAUAAAAUUUUAUGUAACUUGCCUUACCAAGUAUAUGGCUGCUGUUAUUGAACCAGGUACUCCUGUUGGAGCUAUAGCAGCUCAAAGUAUUGGUGAGCCUGGUACACAAAUGACAUUAAAAACAUUUCACUUUGCUGGUGUUGCUUCAAUGAAUAUUACUCAAGGUGUACCAAGAAUCAAAGAAAUAAUUAACUCUAGUAAAAAUAUAAGUACUCCUAUAAUCACAGCAUACUUAGAAAAUGACAAAGACAAAGAAUUUGCAAGAAUUGUCAAAGCUCGUAUUGAACAAACUACACUUACUGAAGUUUGUAGUUUUAUUGAUGUAGUACUUGAUAGCUCUGAAUGCUAUCUAUUGAUACACAUAGAUAUGAACCGUAUUAAAUUAUUGCAAUUAGAAGUAACAAUCGAGACAAUAAGGGAUAGUAUACUUUCAACUCCACGAAUUGGAAUUAAAGCUAAUCAAGUAAACAUUGAUAAUGAGUCCUGUGUUAGUAUUUCUUUGCCAUCAAAAGGCGCUCAAUCAUUAAAUAAUUGGAUAAAUAUAUAUUCACAAAAUUUACAAAAAGUUGUUAUUAAGGGUAUAAGUGCAGUUUCACGUGCUGUAAUCCACGAAGAAGAUGAUAAUGGUGAAGUACGUUACAAAUUACUUGUUGAAGGUGAUAAUUUACGAGAAGUAAUGGCAACACCUGGCGUAAUAGGAAAACGAUGUACCAGCAAUAAUACAUUUCAAGUGUGGAAUGCACUCGGCAUAGAAGCGUCUAGGUCAACAAUAAUAUCAGAAAUUGAUAGUGUAAUGGGUAAUCACGGAAUAUCUAUUGAUCCUAGACAUCCUAUGUUGAUUGCUGAUUUGAUGACAAGUCGAGGCGAAUUAUUGGGUAUAACACGUUUUGGUUUAUCAAAAAUGAAAGAGUCUGUGCUCAAUCUUGCUUCGUUUGAAAAAACUUCUGAUCAUUUAUUUGAUGCGGCAUAUUAUGGACAGACCGAUACAAUAAAUGGUGUCUCUGAGAGUAUCAUUAUGGGUAUACCAAUCAACUUGGGUACAGGAUUCUUCAAACUGAUUUACAAGACCAAAAACAAAACUACAGAUUUUCCGAAGCAAACAUUUGUAUUUGAUGAUGCAGAUCUUCAUGAAAAAGGGUGUUAUUGGCAAUGAUUUGAUGAAAAACACCCAACAUACUUAACAUUGACAUUGACUAUAAAUUGUUUGUUAAAUUAUUGUGUUCAAUCUGUGAUAUUAAUUAAUGUUAAAUGUAUUUUUGUAUGGUGUACCUAAUAAUGUAUUGUUAUUUUAGUAUUGAUUAAACAGUGAAUAGCAUCUAA